CUUCUCUUCAUGCUUUGGAAAAUACAAAUCAGCAGUCCACAUUCCUGCAGCCUUUUUUUUUUCAUCCAUAACUGACAGCAAGCUGGGACUUUGCUCUUUUUACGCACUGUCUUGGGGUAAGGCUCCUUUGGGGCACCCCAGCCUGAUCCCAAAAUGAAGUUCUGGCUCCUUUUCAUCCUGAUUCUUGUCCAUGAAGCUCUACAAAAUGCUUUUGGUCAACCUGCAGCUAAAGGUAAAAGGCCAAAAGAACCAGCAGAGAAUAAGAUUAAACCAGGAAUAAAGAAACUGAAACCAAAAGUUACCAAAUUAAAGGAAUCCACAGAGCCCAUCACCAAAGUGCAAUCCAUCAUGACCCAAGUCAUGGACAAAGGCCGUUUCCAGAAACCCCCACCUAUGCUCACUAUGUCUGCAGGGCAGAGCAUGGAGCUGAGAUGUAAGGGAGACAAAAUAGUAUGGAGCUACCCAGAAUACCUGGACACAUUCAAAAACUCCAGACUCAGUAUUAAACAGCUUGACAGAUAUGGGCAGCUGAUCCUGAUAAACUCUUCUGCUGCGGACACUGGGGAGUUCACCUGCUGGGCUCAGCUCUGUGAUCGCUUCGGCUGCAGAAAGGAUGAAUCCAAGACUGGCUCUACGUACAUUUUUUUCACAGAUAAAGGGGAACUAUUUGUGCCAUCUUCUGGUUACUUUGAGAUUGUCUACUUGCACCCAGAUAAACCAGCCAUCAUCCCAUGCCGAGUGACCACUGCAUCUGCCAAAGUAACCCUACACAGGGAGUUCCCAGCAGAGGAAAUUAAGGCUGAUGGCACAGAGAUCACUUACAAUGUGAAAAAAGGUUUUGUUUACCAACAUCCCAUUGCCAACCAAAGUGGAGUGGUCUACUGCAGAGCAGAGGCCAGAGGAGCACCACAGAUAUCUAUCAAAUACCAGUUACUUUACGUAGAAGUUCCGAGUGGUCCACCCUCUGCAACUAUUACUUCCUCUGCCAGCAAGGUUCAUAGUGGAGGGGAUUUCAGCAUCUACUGCACGGUCCUAGGAGAACCCGAUGUAGAAGUAGAAUUCACAUGGAUCUACCCAGGACAAGAAUAUCAAAGGCCUGUGACUAUCCAAGACUCCUGGAGACUGGUUAACCGUGGCAUUGGACACACCACAAGAGUCUCAAAAAGCAUCCUAACCGUGGAAGACUUUGAAACCAUUGAUGCUGGAUACUACAUUUGCAGAGCACAGAACCUUCGAGGACAGACAUCACUUGCUACCAGAGUGGACAGAUUCUAGAUACAUUCCAUUCCGGACAAGAUUGACUUACAGACAAAGCUUAUUGUAUUCCUCGCACAAAUAUGUUACCAGCAACACAAUUUCCAUUUCAUUCAUGGGGCCCUUGUAUACAGAACAUUACAUAACGUCCUGCAUGUGGAACAUACUGGACUGAGAAGGAUCUUCCUGGUCAAACUCUGGGGUAUAAUCCUUAGGCCUUGUUUCCCAUAACAGUAAAUAAUUAUGAAGAUAGAUAAUUAUCUGUAUUCAGUCAUAUACAUUGUGUAUAGUAUUCCAUUUAACCAUGGUUCAUAUAAAAAAAACAAAAUAAAUAUGUAUUAUUUUCCAUUAUAGAUCCCUCUAGCUUUAAAUCAGACAUCACAUUAUAACAUUAUUGCAUAG